AUGGAAUCGGAAACGAGUCCAAUUCCGGCAUGGUUCAAAAUCGAAGAUGGACACCAAGUUAUGUACUGCGAUGUUCCAAAGAUGAUGGCAUUCGUUCGAUCACAGGCUGCCAGUACUAACUUAAAGAGACUUAUGCUGAUCUUGUCGGGUAAAUUUGAUAUUGCCGAUCUGUUAUCAAUACCAGGGACGGUAGUGCAUCACCAAAAUAUAAUGCGCAAUUUGGCCGUUUUCGAAUCAGCAACCUUUUCCGAAAAUGGGGUAGGUAACUACACGAAGUUUAUUUUUGUACGACAUCCAUUUGAACGACUGGUGUCCGCUUACGAGAACAAAGUGGGAAUCAAUGCCGUUGACUUUAACUAUCGAAAGAGACUUGGACCAAAAAUGAUUCGCAAAUACCGUCAGGAACCAACAAAAGUCUGGGAAGAAGGUGACUAUGCUACAUUUGUGGAAUUCGUGGACUACGUUAUAGAAGAGUGGAAGCUGAACAAGACACAUAUGGAUGUGCAUUGGCUACCUGCGAACGAUCUCUGCAUUCCUUGUACCAUCGAAUACGACUUGAUUGGGAAGGUGGAAACUCUCGAACAAGAUGUCAGCUUUUUGUUGCACAAACUCAAUGAAACGGAUCUCAUUGCGUCAUUUCAAGCCCAGCAAAACGCACCUCAGACAACACCAUCUGUGUGGAGACGGAUGAUGAAACAGCUUAGCCAACAACAGAUCUACGAUCUUCUUACCAUUUAUGCAGCCGAUUUUCAUAUAUUUGGAUAUCUACCGGAUUACCCAGUGUAGAAUGUUUAAUAUUUUACUGCGCCAUGACCUGUCUUCUAAAUGAAGAUAGUUUACGCUUCAUUUGCCAUAAAUUAAUUUGUAUUAUUAGAUGAACAACGAGGAUCUGGCACCGGAGAAAACUUUUUUUUUUUCAUUCAGUUUUCUACUUAAGACCAUAACUCAUAAGGAUAGAAACGUG